AUGAAAUUCGUGAUCGCCUGUGCCCUCGUGGCGCUUUGCCUCGCGGAGCACCACGAUCCUCUCUCCGACAAGAAGCACUUCAAGGGAAGCGGAGCACGACCCGAAAUUCGAUCACGAAGCCUUUCUUGGAAAGGAUGCUGCCGCCGAAUUCGACGAGCUGACCCCGAGAAAUCGAAGGAGCGCCUCGGAAAACUGGUCCCCAAGAUGGACUCCAACGGAGAUGGUGUCAUUGAGGAGAACGAGCUGAAGGACCACAUCAACUUCAUGCAGAAGCGUUAUGUGAAUAACGACGUUGAGCGCACGUGGAAGAACUACAAGGAGGACAAGAUCGUUGAUGGAAAGAUCACCUGGGCUGCUUAUCGCGAGAUGGUCUAUGGACAUCCCACUGGUGAGAACCAGGAGAUUUCUGAUCAGUACAAGAAGAUGCUCGUCAGGGAUGAGAAGCGGUGGGCCGCCUCCGACUACGAUUCCUCUGGAACCCUUGACCGCACCGAGUACGGAUGCUUCAUGCACCCCCGAAGAUUGCGAGCACAUGCAACAAGGACGGAUACGUCGACCUCGAGGAGUACAUCGGAGAUAUGUACCGCCCGGAGGAUUACCCUGAACUCAACGGAAAGGAGCCGUGACUGGGUUGCAUCUGAGCGCGAGAUGUUCAAGGAGCACCGUGAUAAGGACAACGACGGCAAGCUGAACCAGAAUGAGAUGCGCUCGCCACUUGAUGGGGAAUCUCUGAUGAUAACAAGGACGGAAAAUUAUCUCACGAUGAAAUUAUCGCUCAUUACGAUACCUUCGUCGGAUCCCAAGCCACGGAUUAUGGAGAGCAACUGCAGAAGCACGACCCUGCUGACCUCUAAA